GCGCGGGUGAGGGGCCCGGAUUGAGGACGCUCCCCCCGCCGGGGGGCCGGGACUCUAUGGUGGCGGGGAGGACCCGGGCUGGGCGGCUGCAGGCAGAACCAUGGCCCUGAAGGCCGAGCCCGCGCCGCUGGACUGCAUCCAGGUGACGCUCAAGUGCGAGGACGUGGAGGAGGUGCGAGUGGAGGACGACGGGGCCGAGGCCCCGGGGCCCCGCGCCCAUACGCCCCCGGGCCGCUGGCCCCCGCUGCCGUCGCCCAGCCGCCGCCGCCCUGUGCCGCCCGCUGGGCCCCCGGCUGAGCCCGCCAUCCCCAUCCCCGCGGCCCUGCGGGAGCCGGUGCUGCGAGUGGGACAGCCCGAGGCCAGCCCCCUCCCCGGGCAGUGCCAGCCCGAGACAAGCACGGCCAUCAGCGAGGAGCCCGAGCCUCUGCAGUCAUGGGAGCAGGAGUACUUGGUGGGGAACAGCCCCGGGGGCAGCGGCCGGGCCCUGUGCAUGGUGUGUGGCCAGGAGCUCCACACGCCUUCUGCCCGCAGCGCCCGGCGCCACAUUCUUCGCCAGCACCCCCACACCCUGGGCCUGAGCCCCGGGGAGAAGAGCAACAUCCUUGAGGCCUGGAGUGAGGGUGUGGCCUUGCUAGAUUCCCUGGGGCCUCCCUCCCCCCCCAGCACAGACCCUCCUGAGACACCAGCAGAGAUUGUGGUUCUUCUGGACUCUGAGGAGAAGCCUGAAUCGCAAUCUACUCGGAACCGACCCCGGGGGCUCCGGCCCCUGCAGACUCCAGCUCCCCCAACCAUUGAUGUAGGGACCAAGAAACCUCGGAACCAGAGAUAUAAAGAGCUGUCUGGAGACGUGCCUCCCAAGAAGAAGAAGGGCAGGGGCAGGAGUUCGGCCAAGGCCAAGGCCGGGGCCAGACCGUUGGUCCCGAGUCCAGAUCUCCCCCUCCCGCACGUCACCCUGGAGCCCUUCUCGGCCCCCACUGAGGUCCGGCACUUCACGGAUGGCAGCUUCCCCCCCGGCUUCGUCCUCCAGCUCUUUUCCAGCAGCCAGCUCAAGGCCUCGGAGGACAAGUCUUCGUCGAAAGGAGGCGAGCCGGCUGAGGAAAGCCCCGGGCGGCCCCCGAGCCCCACCCCAGCUCCCUCCGCGGGGCUCCGAGGGACGCUGGAUCUGCAGGUCAUACGCGUGCACCUGGACCAGCCCCCAGCGGUCAGCCUGCUUCAGGAUUGGUCCAAGGCUCCCCAGGGGCCCCGGGCGGUGGGGGCCGGUGACCCCCCGGGUUGGCAGGCCGUGCUGACAGAGUCCGGUGUGGCUGCUGCUCGGGAACAGCCAGAGGCUGGGCCUGGCGAGUGAUGGCCGCUGGGGGUCGUGCCCACGGCGCCUCUCCUCGCCCCUCGCCUGGCAGACCAGCCCGUCCGUCCGUCCGUCCGUCUGUCCGUCCGUCCGAAGAAGCCGAUGGAACCAAGCACUUGAGGGGACAGUCUGCUUCUGCUCCCGUUGGACGCUGCUAAGGGGUCCCGGGUCCGGGCCACCACCGUCCUUGCACUAGGGUUCAGUGUUGAUGGAGAGUGAGCUCCCGAGCCCCACUGUGUUUGCCCUUCCUCGUUCCCGCUUCACCACUUCCCUGCCGGCAUAGUGCCUUACAAAGGAGGCGGUCACAAGGGGGGGCCCACGGAGCCCCCUACUACCUCGGGGGAGCCUCCUCUCCCCCCACCUCCUCCUGGCCCUCCUGUCCGUACAGCCCCGUCACCCUUUCCCCGCCCCGCAGCAGAGCCGGAGGAGCUCCAGGUGGGGGUGGCUCUGGGGCCCCCAGCUCUGCCCGCUUUUCACCUUGCUGACCCAGCCCCCGCUUCCCUGGUUCUUUCCCUUUGUACAUACCCUUUGUUGACAAUAAAUUAUUAUUUUUUAUGGA